AAGACAGCUUUGACGACCACAGCAAUGGGCCUUACAUAUCGUACCUAUCUUAACGGUACUCGAAUUUUUGGUUGUAAUAAAUGUCGAACUCACCUUUCUACGACCGACAGUAUUAUUUCAAAGGCUUUUCAGGGACAGCAUGGACGUGCUUACCUUUUCGAUACAGUGGUUAAUGUGGAAGAAGAUCUGUAUUAG